UGAGGGUAGGAACGUAGAUCCACCAGUAAAUUGAGAGCUUUGCCUUUUGGCCCUUAACUAUUUAAAGUUAAAAGGGUUACCUCAGUUUUAUUGGCGUGCUUUUAAAUCAUGCACCCUGUUUAAGUUAAAGAACAAAUGUAUAACGCAGCACUGGCUUUUACAGGACCCUUUAAUCCUAAAUGGUGUUAUUUAGGUUAGAUAUGUGCUGGAUCAGGGUAAGACCAUAGAAAGGGUUGAAACAUGAAUGGAAAUGAAUGUCUGUAUGUGUGCUGAAGAGUGAGGUGUGUUUUCACAAAGGGCUUGUUUGUCUCUCUCACAGCAGUAUAGAAAAAAUUUUCAUGAAAUUUGGGCUUUGGGUGUGACAACUGGCUGCAGGGUAACUCAGUAGUUGAAGCUGGCUGAAACUUCCUGUUCAAACUGUUCAGGAGACAGAAGGGAGACGAAGCAGAACUCAGAGUUGAGCGGACAAAACCAGUGGGCAGUCAGCCGACAAUCCGGGUGAGAGGAAAUCAGCUGGAAAACGAGAUGGAAGUCUACACGGUCACAGUAGCCACUGGGACAUCAGAGUAUUCAGGCACCAACAACUACAUAUUUGUGACCUUGAUAGGAGAGAAAGGAGAGAGUGAACGCACCCUGCUGGACAACCCUGGACUAGACUUCUGUCGAGGAGCAGUGGAUAAAUACAGCGUGAACAGCAAUGCACCUUUAGGAUCUGUCCUAUUGAUUCGGCUGGAAAAAGAAAAGUACUUUGUUGAAGACAACUGGUUCUGUCGAUAUAUCACAGUAGAACCUCCGGGUGGAAAAAAACUUUUGACAUUCCCAUGUUACCGUUGGCUAAUAGGAAAUGCCAAGGUGGAAGUAAGAGAAGGAACAGCAAAGACUCUGGUGGAUGACUCCACAGCACAGUUGCUGCAACAUAGGAAGACAGAGUUGCAAGAGAGACAAAAUACUUUCAGAUGGGUAACAUGGGCUCAAGGGAUUCCUCGAUGUGUUGAUGCCAAAACGGAAGCAGAAUUACCUCAAGAUGUUCGCUUUGACAAUGAGAAGAGAAGUGAUUUUGAACAUUCAUUGCACUAUGCCUUGCUUGAGCUAUCGCUGAAGAAGUUGGCCAUCACAUUCGGGAAAUCCUGGAAUGACCUGGAUGACUUUAAACGGAUCUUUUGGAAACUGCGGAGCCCGAUAGCUGAGUAUUGUAUGGAUCACUGGAAAGAAGACUCGUUCUUUGGCUACCAGUGUUUAAAUGGCUGCAACCCAAGAAUGAUCAAGAAGUGUACAGAGCUGCCAGAAAACUUCCCUGUCACAUCAAACAUGGUUCAGAGCUCCUUGCCAGCAAAGACUAGCUUGGAUAAAGAACUCAAGGCAGGGAAGAUAUACCUCUUAGACUACGCCAUCAUGGAUGGGAUUCCUGCAAACACCAUCAAGGGUAAACCUCAGUUCAUAGCUGCUCCGCUCUGCCUACUGUAUGAGCAUCCAGAUGAAGGGCUCAUACCAAUUGCAAUUCAGCUCGAGCAAAUUCCAAGCUUGGAGACUCCCAUAUUCUUGCCCAAAGACCCACCACUGGCCUGGCUGCUGGCUAAGAUGUGGGUGCGUCACUCAGAAUUCCAGGUUUUCCAGCUUCUGUCUCACCUUCUUAGGACUCACUUGGUGAUAGAGGUGUUCUGUGUUGCAACUCUUAGACAGCUGCCUGCAGUACACCCUAUAUAUAAGCUCCUGGCUCCUCAUCUGCGCUACACACUGGAGAUCAACUGUAGGGGGCGAACUCAGCUCAUCUCUCCCAAUGGAAUUUUCAAACGGGUUGUGUCUACAGGUGGUGAUGGUCUUUUGAUUCUUGCCCAGAGAGAAUACAAGGUGUUAACCUAUCGCUCCCUUCAGCCACACUUUGACUUCAGUGAUAGAGGAGUAUUCCAGCUCCCAAACUACUUCUACAGAGAAAAUGCUCUGAUGCUGUGGGAUGCCAUUUACAGUUUUGUCUCAGAUGUGGUGAGCCUGUACUAUCACUCAGACCAAGAUGUUCAGAAGGACCCAGAGCUACAAGCAUGGACCAAAGAUAUAUCACAGGAAGGUUUCGCUGAGCUUCCCGACUUUGGUAUGCCAAAUAAGCUCAGCACCAAAGAGGAACUCUCCACUCUGUUGACUGUGGCCAUCUUCACCAGCACAGCUCAGCAUGCUGCAACUAACAAUGGACAGUUUGAUUGGUGUGCCUGGGUACCCAAUACCCCAUGCACCAUGAGACUACCGCCGCCAUCAAACAAAGAUGCUGUGACUAUGGAAAUGAUCAUGGCCACGCUUCCUGAUGUGGGUCAAUCUUGUGUGCAGAUGGCUAUCACAUGGCACCUGGGACGAGCACAACCAGAUGCA